AUGGCCGCCUCGCCGCCGCUCAGUUGCGCUGGAGCCUCGGGGCCCUGGGGCCUGAGCCGCCGCCUCCUCCUCCUGCUGCUGCUGCCGCCGCUGCUGAACUCGGGUGCCACCCGCCCUGCGCCUCCUGGGGACCUGCAGGGCGGAGGACCCCCUGCAUUUCCUCUCUCCCGAUGCGCAGCCACUUCCUCCCCAGUCCACGCGGGCCUGGUGGCCGAGACCCAGCCGCCCUCCCGGGUGUGGUCUGGCCUCCCCGACCCCAGGCCGCUGCGCAGGCGCUGCAGGCCAGAGGCGCGUGUUUGUGGCAGACCCUGGUGGUCGGAAGAUUUGGACAUGACCCGACAUUGGCCCUGGGAGGUGAGCCUCCGGCUGGAAAAUGAACACAUAUGUGGAGGGGCCCUCAUUGAGCCCAGCUGGGUGGUGACUGCUGCCCACUGCAUCCAAGGCACCAAAGAGUACUCCGUGAUUCUCGGCACCCCCAAGCUGAAGCCCGUGGACUUCCCGAAGGGCGUCUCGAUCCCCGUGAAGGACAUCAUCAUGCACCCCAAGUACUGGGGCCGGACCUUCAUCACGGGUGAUAUUGCCCUUCUCCAGCUUCAGACUCCCGCCAUCUUCGGCAAGUACGUGCAGCCCAUCUGCCUCCCGGAGGCCAGCUACAACCUGAAGGUUGGGACGCAGUGCUGGGUGACUGGCUGGGGCCAGGUGAAACAGCGCUUCUCAGCCAACUCCACGCUGACCCCAGAGCUGCGGGAAGCUGAGGUGUUUAUCAUGGACAACAAGAGGUGCAACCGGAUUUACCGCAAGAAGUCCCUCAUCCCCCACCUUGUCCCCCUUGUCCUGGGGAACAUGAUCUGUGCCACCAAUUAUGGAGAAAACUUGUGCUCUGGGGAUUCUGGGGGUCCGUUGGCUUGUGAAGUCGAGGGCAAAUGGAUUCUGGCUGGGGUGUUGUCCUGGGAAAAGGCUUGUGCCAAAGCGCAGAAUCCUGGCGUGUACACCCGUGUCACCAAAUACAGCAAAUGGAUCAAGCAGCAAAUAAGUAAUGGGGCUCUCUCAGGCCCCCAGACCUCUGCCUGGCUUCUACUCCUGUUCUGGCUGCUGCAGCCCCAGAUGGGCCCCUGAUCUCUCUUCUCUCUUCUCCCUGCUUUGCCUGUGCUUUAUGGGUCCAGGUCAAAGUUAGACCCAGUUCCUGUGUCGGUAUUCAACAAGAGUCAAGGUGGGGAGAGUGGCCCCCGGGAGGAUGGGCCCUGCUUUGGCCUCCCCAUGGGGAGGGAUGCGGUGGAUGACUAGGCCUUGGGUGACCAGGAAAAGGGACGUGUGGCCUAGAAGAGCUCUGGAAUUGGGGACCAGGA